AGCUCUGAUGUUAGCAUCUCACAUGACGAGUCAUAGUUGCUGGAGUCAGAGAGGCUUUUCUGAAGUCCGGCUUCAUCUGCAUUCUCUUCUUCCGGCUUCAAGCGACUCUUCGAUAUAACGCGAAAACCUGAGGAACUGAAGACGCAGAUAAACAACAACGAGGGGGCUUGUCUUUGCUGCGACGCUUUACUUGUAACGGUCCUGUGUCAGGAGCCACCUGCCCCCGCAGCCGAGUCUCUCUCCGUGCGGGCUGGUGUCGCACUUCACCGGGGCACGUCAGUGGAGUCACUCCGGCGCUUCGCCGACUCGAAGAUGGAACUCAACAGAGCCGUUGGUGCGCUGACCAUGAUGUGGUUAGCGUUGAUAGGUUGCACUCAAGCUGUCACUCUGGAGGUGAGGCAGGGGAACACCACCUGCAUUAAGGCUGAGCUCUCGGCACGUUUCUCCAUCACGUACGACACAUCCAGCAGCACGCGGACAGUGUCUGUCCCUCUGCCAGACUCCAGCACGGUUGACACGGGGAGCAGCUCAUGUGGUUCGACUGGCAGCUUGCCGUGGCUGGUGGCCGUGUUUGGCUCAGGUCAUGCACUCGGCCUGAGCUUCUCCACCAAUGGAUCGCUGUAUAACGUGGUCAACAUGACGCUGCAGUACAACCUGAGUGACGCAACCUUUUUUCCUGAUGCAAACAGCUCUGAUGUGGUCACCGUGGUGUCUGCUUCAGUCGGUAUUUCGGCAGCAGUCAACACCACCUACAGAUGUGUGAGCCCCACCUUGGUGAGACUCGGCGAGAACUCCGUGACCUUCACCGAUAUGAAGCUUGAGGCUUACAUGGCUGGGAACGACCUCAGUUCCACCGAAACCAUAUGCAUGGCUGAUCAGGCUCUUACCACGGUGCCGCCUGCACCUCCUCGCACCACCACUGUUCCCACUCCAGCACCAACUCCACCUGGAAGACCAGAACGAGGCAGCUAUGUUGUCACCGCCAACGGCACUGUUUGCCUCCUGGCCCAGAUGGCGCUGCAGCUCAACAUUUCCUAUUUCUCUGUUUCUCAAAAUAAGACCAUUCAGGAACUCUUCAAUCUCACCCCGAAUCUGACGCUGUCAUCCGGAUCCUGCAGUGCCAACAGUGCUUAUUUGGUGUUGACACAAGAGCAAAGCACAGCAGUCAACUUCACCUUCACCCUGAAUUCAACAUCCAGCAGGUAUCACCUGAGUGGAAUCAACCUGCUGGCUAGCUGGCCUGAUAUGACUGCUCCCACUUCAGCUGGCAACAACAGCUUGGAUUACCUGAGGAGCAAACUGGGUCGCUCCUACAUGUGCAACGCCGAACAAACUCUGCUGGUGGCGCCAAACUUCUCCCUCAACACGUUCCAGCUGCAGGUCCAGCCCUUUGGAGUCACAACCAGCCAGUUUGCGACAGCGGAGGAGUGUCAGAUGGAUCAGGACCAGAUGCUCAUCCCCAUCAUCGUGGGAGCCGCCCUCGCCGGCCUGGUGCUGAUCGUCCUCAUCGCCUACCUGAUUGGCCGAAAGAGGAGCCACGCUGGAUACCAGACCGUCUGAGCAGAGACGUGCUUGUGGAGUGUUUUUGGGUGCGAGAGAGACGGCGCGUCAUUUUACAGAUCAGAGUCUAUUUUGUUCUAGGAUGAUGGUAGAUAUAUUUAUUAACAAAAAAAGCACUCAGCAACUAAAAAGUGUCAUUGAUAAUUUAUUCAAUAAUUUUAAACUAAAUGUGUUUGUAUCUGCUGUGGGUGCGAGCUUUUCUACGCCUCUCAUGGAGCUUCCUGACAGUUGCUUUUAAUCUACGAGUCCCAUACUGCACUGCAACAGUUGUGAGAUCAACAGAGAUGUUCUAACAGCAUCAAAUCGAAAUAUUCACAAACUAACUUGAUCUUGUCUGUAAUGAGUGACUCUCAAUGUUCCAAAGGUUGCUAGUGAGAUUCUGGCUCACUAACAAUUUGGAUUUCUGAUUUGUAGAAUUUUCUAAUGUAUAUUUGUCAGAACACCAGGAAGGGAAGCUGCUCUUUUUUAGCGUCUCUCAGAAGAAAUGCUCAGAAUUGUUGUGAUUUAUUUUCAUAGGAAACGGAAUGGUCUUGUUUUCUAUUGUGUGACCUCUUGUGCGAUGAUAAUAAAACAGCAACCCAGAAGUA